GCGGCGCAGCGUGCGAGCCAGUCGCCCUCCAGCCACCGCCCCAGUUACGAGCUGAGCGACACUUCCGGCGUGCCUGAACUCUUCUCUCCCGGCCUUGUUCUCUUUUCUCGUCCUUCCAGCCUCUCACCAGCGCAUAUCCUCGCAUAUCCCGAUUCCGUCGUCCACGUCAGUCGUUGCUCCGUCGUUGCUCCGCGAGACACGCUCGUAUCCCCCUCGCGAAACAACCCUCGAACGAAACGAAACGGCAACAUGCUGAUCGGUCUCGUGCGCGAUUCGGUAUUGCAGUGCUUUUGUCACAGCUGCAAGGCCCCGCUGAGUGUCGUAGCGGGACAGAGGAGGAACAAUGCACCGUUCAAGAAACCCAGUAAGGGCAAGCCGCGGACCAAGCAGCCGAAGAAAGUGAAAUUCAUCACGACCGAGAUUCGAUGCCAGGAGAAGUCCAAGGGCGGAUUGUGUUACGAGGUGAUCCUCGCGGAGCCGACGGUGCCUAAGAGAGCGCCCUCGCCGCCGCAGCCAAGCCCGACGCAGCAGACUGCGAUCGAGGACAAGCUGAAGGCCGCCGAAGAGCGAAGAUUGUCCAUCGAGGCGCACAAGCUCGCUUCUCUCGCCGCUAAGCUCAGCAAGAUCGAGGAAGCUGCCCGCAAGAAGGAUGAGCUCAGCGCGGCCUUCAUUGUCGCCACCCGCGAGUCUUUGGACGCCAAGAUGAACAACACGGAGGAGAAGCGGGAAGCGCAUAUCGCCGAGCUGAAAAACAAGCUGAAGGAGCACUUGGAGAGCGUCGAGAAGACACGUCUGAGUCUCGAGCAACAAACUGAGGAAGUGCGAAGUGCUGUCGAGGAAAAACUGAAGACUGCUGCGGCUCAACGUGAUGAGAAUAUCAAGAAAAUGCUGGAUCGUCUCAAGGAGCACGAAGAGCAAGUCGCUCGUGUACGUCAAGGAAUGUCGGAGCGCGUACAACAACUGGAGUCCCAAAUUCAGGGCAAAUUGGAGCAGGCACGCGAACGCCGCGAAACCAUCGAGCGCGAGCAGAAGGAGAAGCUGCGCAAUCAUAACACGGUGAAGAUAGCAAAAGUGCGUCAGAUGGCGGCGAGAGAGCUCCUGGUGAAAAAGUUCGAGUUUGACAAGAGGGUGUCGACCGCGGAGCUGAAUCGACAGCGAGAGAUCCAGCGUCGCGUGCUAGCGAUUCGCCGUCACCAUGAGAGGCGCGCCGAGAUUGUGAGACAGAACAAGGCGGCCCUGGACCGCCAGGACAGCAAUUCCGUAGAUCUGCCGGUGGAAAACGAGACCGCCAGCUCCGGCUAAGUAUCCCGGCAUCCCCUUCAAGGCCGUUCGAACACCCAGCAAAGGCUCCGUUUUGCUUUGUGCCAUUAUUUUCUGACUCGAAGUAAAACGGGAGGUCGAUCGCGCGUGUGUCCGCAUUUCGUGCGGGGGAUCGGGACGACGGAGUCGCUUCCUCCCCCGCAAUUCUUCAAUAUCGCGCGGAUACAAUACUGCCUUCGUCAUGUUAUUUCCACAUCGGCAACGCUCCGUAUAGUGCACAGUUUCUUAAAUUUUAGGGGAAAACAGCAAGGAAAGUAAUCUUUGUGCGAGGGAGAAGAGGCUGCGCAAGUCUGGUUUUCAGAAGAUUUUGUAUUCGAGAGAAAUAACUAAUAAAUGAGAGAGAUAACUGAAUAAAAUGAAAAAUAUAAAGAUUUCUUAAUACAUUGAUCUUGCACAGUUAACAGAAAAAAUUAAACGGAAGAUUUAGAAAAAUCUUCCGUUUAAUUUUUUUUUAACUAAAUAUAAGAAUAUUAAUAAAGAUCUGUACAAAGUCUGCUGGAAAACGUUUGCGGCAAUUUAAUAAGAUUAAUUCCAAGAAUACGUGGCCAUUUUCAAGAAACAAAAAUUCGAUUUCAAACAUACCUGAAGAAUUCAAAGUGCAGAUUGUUCAAGUUAAAUGCAGAGAUAUCAGACUUAUGUUAACUACUGUGCAAGAUCAAUGUAUUAGAAAUCUUUAUAUUUUUCAUUUUACUCGGUUAACAAAUACACGUGUAAGAAAAGUGAACAGAUAUCGCAAAAAGCAACAAACAAUUAUUCUUGCUUUUAAUUUUGAUUUAAAUAUGGAUCUUUUAUAUUAAAUAAUAAUUUUAAUUAAUGUGUUCACUGAGGUCUCUCUUAAUUUCUUCUGCCAUUUUCAUUCACUCGAUUUAUUAUUUCGGUCUUGUCCUCGGGCGAGCGCUGGAAAAAGAUCUCAAUAGCUAACGAUCGAUCGAUUACCGUGAUAUCGGACGAUUGUUUUGAAUUACAAUGCUUGUAUCAUUUCCCGAGGCAGAAAACUUGGUUUGACAGAGAUAUUAACAGAUAAUUAUAAAUCACUAUCGCUACAACGUAGGUUCUAAGUGGAAUGCGACUGCGGCCCUUUAAUGUGCGCGCGACAUAUAAGAUGUGUGUGUGUGCGAUGUGUGCAGGCGUGUUAAGCACACACUCAUGAUUAUAUAUAUAUAUAUAGAUAUAUAUAAAAAUAUAAUAUACAUAAUUAUAUAUUAAUAAUAAUAAUAAUAGUGCUUUAUACUAGGCUUGAAAACUUGAGAAACCAUUUUGUACUCAUUGUAAUAUUACUGCGCUAAUGGAAACGAGAUAACACGAUAUAGUCUAAUGGAAUAUGAUAACGUGACGCUUCUGUGAUGACUUUAAUUAUUUGUCAAAAUGUGUGUAGCGUUUAAGUGCGCACGAGAGAGCGACAGGGGGAGUAAAAGAGAAUGAACGUGAAAGAGGAGAGAGAGAGAGAGAAAAUGUGCGUGCGUAUGUGCGCGGAAAAACAAAGCAAAGAUAUUUUUUGUUUCUUUACGUUAGCACAGUUGUCGUGACCAGGGAAAGUUCGUUUGCUACGAUAAGAAUUGGAGCGUGGGGUGGCGAUGUAAUUUCGUUGGGAUCAAUUCGCGGAGAGUAGCGCCUGUUAUUAAAAUCGUUUUAUACUCCUUUGCUGAAGAUGAAUAAAGCAAUCUAUAACAAGAAAGACGAGCGGGCACGUUACUUUUAGGAGAAUUUGAUGAAUAUCACGUCGCUAUUAGCGAUAAUUCAAACAUCGGAAUAUAGAAUUCUAAUACAACUUUUAAUUCAGAGUACACGAAAGAGCGCUUUGCUUCCGCAAGAAGCAAAGGAUUGAUCGAAGCCAUCUCGGAGAGAAUCGUAAGGAGAUACUUAGGUGACGAGGAUAGAAACGAUUGAGAAGUGCGAGGACAACGUUUCUUGAAAGCCUAGAGAAUCCUCCGCGUUAAAAGGAAGGAAGGUAACGAGAGAUCGAAGCUUGGAAAACUCGAGUGUUGGUCACCGCUGCAAGGAUUAGAAUCUAACAGGUUGUAACUGCGUCCUGAUAUUCCGUUUACAUCUCGUAAUCCCAAUCAGUAGUUCCCAAGUUUGGAUUUCGGUUUUAUUUCAGUGCAAUUAGUUCCAGCCUGUACAAUAUAUCGGAUGUAAUGUUACAAGAUUAUUCUUAUUAUGAAAAUAUUGAUAGAUCUUUAAUGGAUUUAUGAUCCUCAGAAUCUAGGAGUCAAAGAUUCACAGGCCCAAGAUUCUGAAAAGAAUGAUUCUUGAAUAAAUAAUUAAAACUUAAUUAGUUACUGUAUAUCCUUAUAUUUAUCUUUCUACAUACACAUAUAUCUUCACAAUUUUAUUAUAAUGAUUCAUUUAUAAAUUGCAAUUUUUUGUAGUAAUCUCGCUAUUUUUUUCGUUAUUUUUUUAUUCUUGGGAAUAUCUGAUCGGGAACAUCUUUAUAUUAGCGCGCAUUUAACUCUGAUUUUAUUCUGUAUCCUAACUGCUUGUUGAAUCUUGUAAAUUUCCAAAUUUAAGAUGUUGCGAGUAGGCGUAAUUGGAAAUUUGGAAAAUCGCCCAGAGAAAUAUACAGAUUUAGAAACGUUGAGUUGUACAUUAACUUAGGUUUCAAUACUACUUGUACACUUUGCUUUUUUUUGCUGUAUGCUAUAUAUUCAUCAUAUUACGUUUUUAACGAGCUAACAUGCGCAUUUCUGGAACUAGGAAUUCUCACAGAGAGCCUAAUUGCACGAAUAUUAAGCGUGAAAAAGAAUAGAUGACUGGAAGGGAGAGAGAGAGAGGGAAGAUGAAGGAAUGGAAGAAGUUUCCGGUAAAUUUUCAGGAGAAUCUGAAAGAAAUUUGUCUUGCCGCGUCGCGACGAGUGGUGGGUAACGUCUAUUUUUGCAUCAUUGUUGUAAUCCUUUGAAAAAUUAUAUCCUCGUGUAACAUGAUCAUAGGCGCUACGCGACGUAUAUACGUCGCUGUCCUUGUCGAUUUGCGUUACGAUAUACCGGGUGACCCGUGACAAACGCGCGAUGAUGCGAGAAAUUCAUUUUUGAUAGAACCUCCAAGUCGUCAGGAAUGGAACUCUGCAUCGUUUUUAGGGGCAUUCUGUAUAAAUGUGUAUAAACUUUUGUGUGGCACGAGGUUACAUGCGAUAUUGUAUAAGAUGGGCUAAUAAAGUUGCUAUUCCGAAAAUAAAUUUGAUUGAAACAAAGUUUAAAUGUUAAUAGAAAAAAAAUGCAUUUGAAUUAUUUAAGAACUCUUCGUCACGUAAAUUAUUAGUGUACGUGAAGCGGUUUUGUUACAAUUAUAGAUUUGGGAACUUUCUCUAAAUCACUAAAUUAUAUGUUGAAAAUUGAUGUGCAUUAUUUGUCAUUAAAAAUUAGUUGCUUUUCGGAGUAGUAACUUUGUGACUAUCUGAUGUAGCGUGCGCGUCCUCGGGGGGGGCUUUGAACAUCAUCUCGCAUGAUGAGAAACGCGCGAUAAAAAGAGUUAAUUAAACAAGUUAUAUACAUAUAAAUAUAAAUGCGAACGGAAUAAGAUUGUGUCACGCGAUAUACUAAAUUGUGUCUUGCAUUGGCUGCCUUUGAUAUACUCUUUUCGGUUUCUUUUUCGAGGUAAUGUGUGUCAAACGAGAAUUCGAUUGUGUGUGAAGUAAAGGCCAUACCUACACGCACCAACGACAGUAUUGUUAUUACAUCAUUCGCCUCUGAAAUCCUAUCUUUCGUAAAUUUAAAAAAUUUAUUAAUUAUAAUAUUUACACACACACACAUACACAAAUUAACUCUUACUCGAAUAUAAUAAAAUGAAUAUAGAUACCUGUCGAAUUUUUAAUAAUAUUCUACAAUUAUAAAACUUGAAAUUUAUUUUUUGGCAAAGUUUGAAACUUGAAAUAAAUCGCUAUU